UAUAACACUUCUGCAGAGUUGCAAAAGAAUUGUUCUUAUGAUCACGUCUACCUGCUUACGCCUCAAAAGGAAUAUAAUGGAAGCUGUGUCGAUGACAGAGGUAAACUGAAAACGAGUCGCCGGCGGUUCUGUGUAAAAAUACACGAUGGGGGAGUAUGAGGAGGAAAUGUACCCGAAUGUUUUACAACCCUCUGGAGUAUAUCCUGGAGUAUUUUUAUACCUAACGGCACAUGCCUCUGGAAGAGGAUUUGUUUUUUAAUUAUCACAAAAACAUAACAAAAAUACAAUUCUAUUGAAAAUAUCAGCCGUGAAAUUUUCCAUACAUAUUGUAUUCAUUGACGUGUCUCAGGAACACGAACUCUUAGUGCUCACUUAGCUUCUCAAGGCACGGAAGUGACAAUAGUACGUUCUGUUCUUAUCGCAGCAAAAUUAGCGGGAAAAUUCCGAAAUUCAGUGUUUAUCUCUUUGCUGAGCACUUUGUAAAAGUCUUUUAGAUGGGUGAGAUUUUGAUGUGGAUUUUCGAAGCGUUCAGGAGUUUAUCUUACUUCACAACGAUGUUCCAAAGAUGCCUAAUUUGACAGUUAAGUUCUGGAUCAAAACAUUGAAAGCAGAUAAAAUGGUUCUUUUAUUCUACCGAGUGAAUAAAAGCGUCGACGAAUUUCGACUCAUACUUGAACGGGAAUUGAUAAUCCUUCACGUUCAAUCAUUGCAAAUGCAUUUUCAUCUUCCGCCAAUCAAUGACGGUCAUUGGCAUCAUGUGGGAGCAUCGUGGUCUCUUGGAAAAUACGCCAUUUUUCUUGACGGUACAUUGGUCUACACUGGAGAUGGUCUUGGUUUGGGGGUACCAUUGAAAGCUGGAGGUGUCUUCGUCAUAGGUCAGAAACUGGAAAGCGCCGGCGAGACUCCCAAUGGUUCAUUUUCUGGCAAACUGAGUCAAUUAAAUGUCUGGAGUGAAUUUCUAACUGUUUCUCCUGAUGAUGUCGAAAUUAAUUCCACAAACCGAAGAUGCUCUAGUAAUCAAGUGGGAAAUAUUUUCAUUUGGAAUUCUUUUAAGGAUACUAAGAGUGACAAAGUGGUCAAGGAACAGCCAAGUUCGUGUAAACCACUCCAAAAAAAUCCGAAGUAUGACAUUGUUACGACAUCAUCACAAAACAAUCAAUAUAUCCAUGCCGUACUAUCAAGAAAAAUAAUCGAGGCUUUCACAAUAACAACAUGGAUCAAAUGCGAGAACACGUCAAUGGAACUGGACACAGAACCUCUGAAAUUUGUUGAUUACACCAAUGCUUCAGGAACCCGCUUGCUCUCAAUUUAUCUCACCGCAGAAAAUUUCAACUUGGAGAUACAUGGAGAUGGUCAUAAAAAAAGAGAAGCAAGGAUUCCAAGGUUUUGGAAUGAAUUCCCAGCAUAUUGGCAUCAUAUUGGUACGACGUGGUCGAGUGAUUCAGGCCACUGGAAGAUAUAUCUGGAUGGUUCAUUGGUCUCCAUCAUGCAUGGUGUAGCUUCAAAUAUGACCAUUCCUGCAGGAGAAGAAAUUUCCUUGCAAUUAAAUGGACCCAAGCACAACAUCUCUCGAAGUAGACUCAAUAUAUGGAACUAUGAAAUUGAUGGACAUGUAUUACCGCUAAUGGCAAACAAAGGACCAUUGUUUGAAAACGGUAACGUCUUCGCGUGGUUUGGAAUAAAGUCAAAGGUUACCGAAGACGUUACAUUCAAAGAGACACCAAGUGAUCUACACAAUUCUCGAGCAGAAUCUGUGUAUCAGAUGGAUUUUCCUCAAGCUACGGUCGAAAACUACGUCAAAAUAGAAAACGCCAUUCGCGACAACAUCACCGUCUUUUCUGUGUGUUUUUGGGCAAAAUUUUUGAAGACGCGCUCUUCCAUAUUUUUGUACUCAAGUCAUGUUCAUGCCAGGGAAAUUGCAGUUUUUUUGUAUGGCAACUUGUAUUUAGACCUUGCGAUCAAGAACAUAUGGAGUGCCAAUGAACCUACGAUCUCUGCUUACGAUUCUUGGCAUUUCUAUUGCCUACAGUGGAGAAACAAUGAUGGUUUAAUCGAGGUUUACCAAGACGGGAUAAAAGUUGAAAAUACAACGAAAGCGGAAGGUUACACUAUACCCCCCAACGGAACAGUGGUUCUUGGUCAGAAUCCGAAUUUCUAUGAUGGAGGAAGUUUCGAGCGCAAGGAGGCGUUCCAAGGAAGCCUCGCAGAUUUGAAUCUCUGGAGGAAAUUUUUGACAGUAAAUGUUAUACAAGGAAUGGCAUCUGGGGUGAUUAAUGUUAAUGGUGAUCUCUUUCAAUGGAGAAAUUUCAGAAAUCAUGUGUUCGGCGACGUGAACGUACGGAAUAGAUCUGAAGCAGAGAUUCCAGGAGCAGAAUCUGUGUAUCAGAUGGAUUUCCCUCAAGCUACGGUCGAAAACUACGUCAAAAUAGAAAAUGCCAUUCGCGACAACAUCACCGUCUUUUCUCUAUGUUUUUGGGCGAAAUUUUUGAAGACGGACACUUCCAUAUUUUUGUACUCAAGUCAUGCUCAUGCCAGGGAAAUUGCAGUUUUUUUGUAUCACAACUUGUAUUUAGACCUUGCGAUCAAGAACAUAUGGAGUGCCAAUGAACCUACGAUCUCUGCCUACGAUUCGUGGCAUUUCUAUUGCCUACAGUGGAGAAACAAUGACGGUGUAAUCGAGGUUUACCAAGACGGGAUAAAAGUUGAAAAUACAACGAAAGCGGAAGGUUACACUAUACCCGCCAACGGAACAGUGGUUCUUGGUCAGAAUUCGAAUUCCCAUGGAGGAAGUUUCGUGGGCAAGGAGGCGUUCCAAGGAAGCCUCGCGGGUUUUAAUCUCUGGAGGAAAUUUUUGACAGUAAAUGUUAUACAAGGAAUGGCAUCUGGGGUGAUUAAUGUUAACGGUGAUCUCUUUCAAUGGAGAAAUUUCAGAAAUCAUGUGUUCGGUCACGUGAACGUACGGAAUAGAUCUGAAGCAGAGAUUCCAGAAUAUCGAGUACAGAUUCUGCGAGAUGAAUGGUGUGGAAAUAACGUCCACGAAGCGUUUACUUAUGCGAGAUUUAUUCGCAGCAAAAACACGGAUGGCUACAUGUGGAGGUGCGUUACGCCAGCGGCCAUGUUGGAUGAAAACAUGUGCUAUGACAUCACAAAGAAUUCAACCUUGUACUAUACUAGAAACAAGAAAGAAGAGCUUUUAGGAAUGAAUUAAAACGUAGUUGCUUCAGUUAAUAUUAGCGACCUUAAGCAUGCAGGACGCGAACGCGACGACGACGGCUAUCAAUACAAUGGGUCAUUGAAAAGAAAUGAAAAAUUAAAGACCAAUGAUGGGUUUUAGAAGUCGUCUUUGUUCUGUUUACAACGGGAAAACGUGUUUUUUUUCGUCUUGCCUACAACGGGUGCAUUUCAGGACCCAGGGAGCCCUAGUGCCUUACCUCGAAUUAGGCUCUAUAGAAUGGUCCUUAAACAUAAACACAAUUUUCUUAACGCCGUAUACUCACUAAAUAGGUACAAUUAAUAAUAUACAACAACAACUUUGCUGUAGCAUUUAUUUAAAGGAGAAAUUCAGCCGCGUCGUCGUCGUGUUGCCGUCCAACAUGCUUAAGGUCCCUAGUGAGUUAAACUUAGACAGACUAUUAAAACUAUGACGCAAUUUAGUUAAUAUAAAUAAAUUAGAGAAAUGGAAAUAAGAUAUUUUGUUCUCACAGACCCCAUGUUUCAAGACAAUGCACUCUUAUUAUAUUUAAAUCAGUGAGUUGUUCUAAAAUAAUUGUUUAAUAUAGUUUUAAACCCAGCAAUGGAAAGAUUAUUGUAAAUAUGAACGAUUUCAUCAGGAAUGUAACAAUGCACUAUUGUGUUUAGAUAAUGUAACAGUGCACCAUUGUAAUUAGAUAAUGUAACAGUGCACCAUUGUAAUUUGA